GGGCGGGGCGGGGCGGCGCCUCAGCCUCAAAAUGUCCGCCACGCGCGGCCUUUGUGUGCGGCCGCCACGUGCCCGGCCCGGCCCGGCCCCACCGCCGCCUCCUCCUUCUCUCUUGCAGCAACGAAGGUUUUGGGAACAGUGAAAUGGUUCAACGUGCGGAACGGCUACGGCUUCAUCAACAGGAAUGACACCAAGGAAGAUGUGUUUGUACACCAGACUGCCAUAAAGAAGAAUAACCCCAGGAAGUACCUUCGCAGUGUAGGAGAUGGAGAGACCGUGGAGUUUGAUGUGGUUGAAGGAGAAAAGGGUGCGGAGGCAGCUAAUGUUACAGGACCUGGCGGUGUUCCAGUGCAAGGCAGUAAAUAUGCAGCAGACCGUAACCAUUACAGACGAUAUCCAGUCGUAGGGGUCCUCCACGCAACUACCAGCAGAAAUCAGAAUAGUGAGAGUGGGGAAAAGAACGAGGGAUCAGAGAGCAUACCAGAAGGUCAAGCCCAGCAGCGCCGUCCCUACCGCAGGCGGCGGUACCCACCUUACUAUAUGCGAAGACCCUAUGGGCGUCGACCACAGUAUUCCAACCCUCCUGUGCAGGGAGAGAUAGUAGAGGGUGCUGACAACCAGGGUGCAGGAGAACAAGGCAGACCAGUCAGACAGAACAUGUAUCGAGGUUAUAGACCACGAUUUCGCAGGGGUCCUCCUCGUCAGAGACCGCCUAGGGAGGAUGGAAACGAAGAAGAUAAAGAAAACCAAGGGGAUGAGACCCAAGGUCAGCAGCCACCUCAACGUCGGUACCGGCGCAACUUCAACUACCGGCGCAGACGCCCAGAGAACCCUAAACCACAAGAUGGCAAAGAGACGAAGGCAGCCGAACCACCAGCUGAGAACACGUCCGCUCCCGAGGCCGAGCAGGCGGGGCUGAGUAAAUACCGGCUUACCAUCUCUACCAUCAUCCGGUUUAGUCAUCAAAGAAGAAAAGAAUCUGAAAUGAAGAGAAGAAUAAGAAAUUCCAGCAAUAAGAAAUGAACAAAAGAAUUGGAACUGAAGACCUUAAGUGCUUGCUUUUUGCUGUUGACCAGAUAACUAGAACUAUCUGCAUUAUCUAUGCAGCAUGGGGUUUUUAUUAUUUUUACCUAAAGAAGUCUCCUUUUGGAAACGACAAACACGUUUUUUAAAAAGCCUGUUUUUCUCAAUACACCUUUAAAGGUUUUUAAAUUGUUUCAUAUCUGGUCAAGUUGAGAUUUUUAAGAACCUCAUUUUUAAUUUGUAUGAAAUGUACACCUGAUUUUUUCAAGUCAAACUGCAAGCAUCUGUUAAUAAAGGUCUUAAAGAAUUGC